ACAGGAGCCAAUGGCAGGCGGGGGGAGCGCGGCUCGGCCAAUGGGGUCGGGAGGCGGGGCUUGGGGGCGCCCCCCCCCCCCAAUGGCCCUCCCUCGAACUCGGCGACGACUGAAGGGCCCGCCAUCCUGUCAGGUCGGUUAAGCUUAGAAAGAGGUCGCCCAACUUACAUGGCAGACUGAGGAUUCGAACCUGGGUCUCCUAGAUCCUGCUCUGAGGCUCUGAAGUUUUGUGUGCUGCCGAUCCGGUUUAGUAAGCCGAUCCUCAACUAAGAAGGGCCAGAUCAGUCAACAGAGGAGGACAUGACCUUUUGUUCCUAUUACCAAUUGUGCAGAAGAGAGAAUUUCAGCUGGAAGAAAAAUACCACAUUGUAAAAAUGAAAUUUGUUUCAAGAAUCCAUCCCAACGCCCUGGCGUACUCGAUGACCACAUUAGGUGCUGGACUGAUGAACAGCAUAUUUAAUUUCUACUACGUUAAACUGUUUUUAAACCAGUACAAGAUCUCGGAAGGUGCGUUCCAUCAAGCACAGGUUGUUUUUAUGAUCUGGAACGCCAUCAACGACCCUCUCUUUGGCUAUAUUCAAGACAACUCCAGCGCUGCAUGCUGCUCUAGGCGUCAGGCUUCCAUUUUUUACGGGGCUCCAUUGUAUGCGCUGGCCUUCCUGCUCCCCUGGUUUCCGUGGAAACAAUACCAAGAAGGCGACUGGCUGAGCGGGCUUCAUCUCGUUGUCGCUCUAUGUGCUUUUGAUGGCAUGCUCACUUUCGUCUUGCUGGCACAGUGUGCACUCUUUGCCGAAACGUCCACAAGGCACGAGGGCCGGCUUCAGCUCAUCAAGUACAACCAAGUGGCCACGUUACUCGGGUCCACCGGCAUCCUUUUCUGUGGCUUGAUAUCCAAUAACAUGGAGAACUUCAACCAUUUUCAAGUCUUCGUGGUUCUAGUUGGCGCAGUAGCGACCGCUUGCAUGUGCUACACGGGGAUCUACAGCACCAGUCAGUAUGAACAAAGGGAAAGACUCGUGGAAGGCAUCAAGGCGGAAAGAGAAGAGAAAGUCUUCUCGUGGUCCUCCGUGAUUUCGUUGACCAAACAGAUCUUGAAUCAGAGGAAUUUUCUGCUCUUUGUGACCAUGAACUUCUUUCAAGUCUUCCACUUGGCUUUCUGCAGCAAUUUCAUGAUGAUCUUUGCAGACAACCUCAUCCCUAAAGACGUUCUUUCUUCCUCCAUCCGAAGUAUCAUGUAUGGGGCAGGUUUUAUUUGUCCUCAGUGCCUCGUGCUCAUCAGCCAAUCUCCGCUGAAGAAAUUCGGUUACUAUAAGUUUGUCUUGUUUUCCUUCUAUUUGGAGGCGGUAGCUGCAGUGCUCAUGUUUCUUCUGGGCCCAGAACACUAUUACCUGUUGGCUGUUUAUCUCACAGUGAACAUGGUAAUUGUUCAAGCUUCUUUCAGCCUGUUUAAUUUGCCUCUGGCGGACAUUGUCGACGCAGAUUUAAAGAAGCAUAAACGGAGUUCACCGCUUUCCUCCAUGGUUUUUGGAACAAAUGCCCUAUUUACAAAGCCAGCCCAAUCUCUUGCUCCUAUGCUUGUGGUUACUAUACUCAAUCAGUAUGGAUAUGCAAAUCUGAGUAGUAAACUUUCCCAGCCUGACCCCAAUUCAUUCCUAGGUCUCCACGACACCAUGUUCUACAUGAUCUGCUUCGUUCCUCUUUGCAUUGCAGCCAUACAGAUUCUGACGUGGACCCCUUUCUCCAUUCAGAACAGCCACCUGAUGCCCGUCCACGUUGAGAUAUGAAUGUGAACAGACUGGGGACGAGAGCAUUCCCGUCUGACCUGCUAGUCAGAGUUCAGUUGUGAACCAGAUCAAUGGGCUUGCCUUGACUCUAGCCAGUGACCUGCCAUCUGAGCCUUUUUUUUCAUCUGUUCGUAAAGCAAGUAUCCUUCUAGCUCGAUCACAGCAAGAACAGCUACAUAGACAGAUGUUAGAGAUGUCCUGUAAGCCUUCUUGAGUACAUUAUUAGGUCUCUACCUCACAUCAGCAGCUGAGCCUUAGGUACGCUUCAUAUAACGGAAUGCUGCAGAAAAACAUUCUCAGAGGAAGAGCCCAUGACGGCUUUAAAACGGUGGUGGUGGUGAACUCCUUCUGUUCAAAAAUGGUCAUUGGCUACUUAGCCCUUUGCAGCCACUAAAAUCAUCCACACACGGAGCCCCUGGUUUCAUGUUUUGGGAUACAGGAUGAAAAACCUACAUUUUUGAGGGUGGCCAUUUGGAUAUGUUUUCCAGCACUGGUAUGCACAGUGCCCUGUGGCGCCACACUGCAGUGAGAGGAUUAUACUGUGCAAGAUCUCGUCAUGACUGAAAAGAAUGUACUUCUCUGUAUGCGAAAAGAGAGUUAUGGGGAUUUUUUUUUUAAGGGGAAAAGGGAAAAUACGUUUGGGCUUUCUCUCCCUAACUGGCACGCAAUCUGCAGGAGGUUUCACUAAAUGAGAAAAUGGAGGAAUAAUAGAAGAUAGCGGGGCGAAAAGAUGUGUAGUUGUCCUGAGAUGCAGGGAGACAAAGGGAUAUAUUCCCUCAAUAUUGGGGGGGGGGGGGGAAGGUAUUUUGGUGUUUAAAUAUCAUAGCUUUUUACACCAUUAAUUUUGGGUUGACUUAGCUAUUGAAAAGAUUAUUUUGGAUCUGGGUUUCCUGGGUGCUUGAUCUUGUGUGUAAAAUUAUCCUGCUGAUGACUUCCACUUUUUUGCCUUUUGACUUGUCAAGUGUCCUUGUGCUUCCUUCGAACGACCCAAUGCACCAUUUAGGGGUUCUGUUUACUAAAGCCUUUUUCUAGCUACUGUCUUCCGAACUGCCUCUAUGAUGAAUGAAAAACAAAUGCUGCUUGAUAAAUCACAAUGUCUGAAUCAUAUCGUAAUAAACUAUCAUCCUAUCGUUUAACACAA